CCCCACAGUCAACACUCGUUUCUGCUUGACAUCCACUCACUCAGCAUCGUCUUCCCGCAACCAUGCAGCUUCUUCGGCUUUCCAAACUCGCCGCCGUGGCUUUUGCCGCCCUCUCUGCGGCCCAUCCGGGCGAGCACGAGGAGCACGACGCCGCCACUGCUCUGGCCAAGCGGGAGUUCCGGUCCAACGCGCGGCGCAGCCUCAACAAGUGCGCGGACAAGUUCGAGGCGCGCGGAUUGAACGCGCGCGCGGUGGCGCGUCGCCAAGCCGCCGUGGCCAAGCACAAGAAGCGGCACGUCAUCCGCGACACGGACGCCAUCGUCAACAAGACGCACCACUCGGACCUGACGGGCAUCACGCCGCAGAACGGCGAGGACAUUGUCUUCGCCACCAACAACACGUGCAUCCUUGCGCCCGAGGGCGAGAUCGGCCCCUUCUGGGUCAAGGGCGAGCAUAUCCGCUCGGACGUGCGCGAGGGCCAGGCCGGCAUCCCCAUCGUCGUCGAGGGCCAGUUCGUCGACGUCGAGACGUGCGAGCCCCUCGAGGGUGUCUACUGGGACCUGUGGAACUGCAACGCCACGGGCGUCUACUCGGGCGCCACGGGCAGUGGCAAUGGAAACUCGGCCGACACGGCCAACGUGAACACGACGUUCCUGCGCGGUCUGCAGAAGACGGAUGCUGAUGGUGUCGCCACGUUCGAAUCCGUCUUCCCUGGCCACUACUCCGGCCGCGCGACGCACCACCACAUGGUCGUCUUCACCAACGCCACCGUCCUCCCCAACAACACGCUCACGGGCGGCAACGCCGCGCAUAUUGGCCAGAUCUUCUGGGACCAGGAUCUGAUCUACGAGAUCGAAGCCACGGCGCCCUACAACACGAACGACGUCGACAUCACCACCAACGCCGAGGACCACGUCGUCAUCGCCGAGACCGAGAACUCCGACUCCGACCCCUUCCUCGAGUACGUCUACCUCGGCGAUUCGCUGGAGGAGGGCCUUUUCGCUUGGAUCACUGUCGCUGUCAACACGUCCGCUUCGUAUGAGACGAGCUACAGCUUUGAGUACACCGAAGACGGUGGUGUUGCCGUUGAUAACGGUAACUCUUUCAGCCCCGGUGACGGCGCCGCGCCGAGCGGUUCUGGCGCUGCUCCCUCUGGCGCUGCGGCUACGCCGGCUUAGGUGGAUUCUUGAAGAGUUGCCAAAGGCGAGCGUGGUGGAGCGGUCGUUGACGAGGCAGGUCUUGCGCGCCUUUCCGGCUUACUUUCUCCCGAUACAAAAAAGAAACGCACCGUUUCUGCCUACCU